AAACCAAAAUGACAUUUACGCGACUGAUCAAAAUCUUUCUCUUAUUUCGCGAUUUCAAGGAGAGAAUUGUGUAGUUUGAUUCAAUCAAAGCUAAUUUUGGAGAAAUCAAAGAGUUUCUUUCUUCUUUCUUUUUUCAGCGACGAGCCUUCUUAAGUGGCCAUGGAUUCUGAAGAUAGUUCAUCGGAUGCGAACGCUGCCUCUGGCGAAAAGAAUUCAUCAAUGGACAUGGAUUCUGCAGAUAAUCCAUCAGAUGCGAACAUUGUUGGUUUUGGUGACGAUCCUUCUUCAGCGGCCAUGGAUACUUCAGAUGCGAACGUCACCUAUGAGUACACGUUAAGUUUAGAUGAUAUGGUUUUGGAAGCUUUAUCAACAAUCGAUGAAGAACAUGAUGGAUCUGGUCGUGAUGUCGAUGGGAUUUUCGAAUUUAACAAUGUUAGGAGAAUCUCUUUCCCUCUCUCUAUAAGUAUCUGUUUUCAGGAACGGUACGUUAUACCGGAAAAUGUUAGGGAGCUAUUGAAAGACGAGCUUGAAAAACUAGUUGCUGAGAGGAAAAUAGAGAAGGUAGGAAACCGCUACAAGAUGAUGCCCCAACGUGUUCCUACCACAGCAGCUACUAGAGAAGAUUCCACAAUGCUACAAGAGUCACCAAGUACUUCUCUCGUUCCAAGAGCACCAGAAGAAAAUCCUCAGGUAGAAGCAGUAGCAAAAGUAGUCGCAGAGGCAGAAAAUUAUGAGUUCCAAGCAAAAGAGGCACAAGAACUUGUCGAUAGACACAGCCAGAUGCUAGAUUUAGAAAGAUUAUUCUUGGAAUUAGCCGUGGAAAUCCUUAACCGAUGUGCUAAUGGUCAAAAGAUUUUCCUGCGCGACGAUCCUUCUUCAAUGGCCAUGGAUCCUGGUGAUUCUUUAUCGGAUGCGAAUGACGUUACUUAUGGAAAUCUACCACCUGCUGCUUCUUCUUCAUCUUCUUCUUCUUCAGAUCCUUCAGCAGAAAACCUUCCCUAUGCCGACCAGCUUGAAAGGGCCAUGAUAGAUACAGAAGACGACAGGGGUCCCUCAGGGUUUACGACUGAUGAAUUGAUUUAUCAGGCUUUAGAAACAGUCUAUCCUGAUGGAAAUGGUCUUGAUAUCGAUGGAAUUUUCAAUUUUAUCGAGGAAAGGAACGAGUUACAGGAAGAUUUUAGGGACCGGUUGGAAGUCCAGCUGGGAAAUCUAGUUUCUGAAGGCCAAGUAGAGAUGGUAGGAAACCUCUACAAGAUCCCACAUGGUCUUUUUGAUACUCAAUUAGUGUCAGUAGUAGCUUCAAAUCUACCACAAACCAUGAGUCCAGAAGAUUCGACGAGCGCAAAGCCACAAGACACACCAAGUACUUGUGCUUCUUUCGCACCAGCAGCAACAGAAGAAGAUCCUCGGAUAGAAGCAGUAGCAAGAGAAGUCGCAGAGGCAGAACACUUGGAGUUCGAAGCAAAAGAGGCAGAAGAACUUGCAGAUAGACACGUCCAGUUGCUAAAUUUAGAAAGCAACAUAAUCUUGGAGUUAGCCGUGGAAAUCCUUAACCGAUGUGCUAACGGUGAACAGAUUUACCUGCUAAAGUCUUUCACUUUUGAUUUCAAGCUUUCAUCUCUCACUCAACUCAAACUCCAGAGGUUCGGAAAUAUUUACUUUACUAUGCGAUUGAUGGCGAGCAAUAUUAUCUUGUUCGAGGAUAUCUUCGUUGUCGAUAAGCUCGACCCUGAUGGCAAAAAGUUCGAUAAAGUUACUCGCGUUCAAGCUACGAGCCACAACUUGGAAAUGUUUAUGCAUUUAGAUGUUAACACAGAGGUUUAUCCAUUGGCUGUUGGUGAUAAGUUCACACUUGCGUUGGCUCCCACGCUUAAUCUCGAUGGAACCCCUGAUACCGGAUAUUUUACUCCGGGAGCAAAGAAAACACUUGCGGAUAAGUAUGAAUACAUCAUGUACGGGAAGCUUUACAAGAUCUCUGAGCGUGACGGCAAAACUCCAAAAGCAGAGCUAUAUGUUUCGUUUGGCGGCCUCCUGAUGUUGCUUAAGGGAGAUCCAGCUCACAUUUCUCACUUCGAACUCGACCAGAGGCUCUUCCUACUCAUGAGGAAGCUAUUUAGAGUCAAUACCGAAGGUGAAUUUGAUUUCGAGAGAGAGAGGACGACGAAGUGUUUAGAGAUGCUAGGACAUCGUAAGAAUAAAUGGACGGUGGAAGAAGAGGAGGCGCUUCUCGCCGGAAUAGCCAAGCACGGUUCCGGAAAAUGGUCGAAUAUUGUAGACGAUCCCGAGUUUGCGGCUCAACUUCUAGAUCGCACUAACAUUAACCUCAAGGUCGAAAUUUGGGUGUUUAAUGUUGGAUUGAUGUUGUCUUGUUUACUCUUCUUGCGUAAUGUCAAGGAUAAAUGGCGUAAUAUGAAGAAAUCAAGGACACAUACACUCGAAUCUAACUCCAUUUUCACUUCACCUUCAAAGACUUCUCGUGCUGUUGUUAGCAAUGAUACUAGGUAUGCUGCAAUGGUUUUUGAGGCUAUAUCAACAAUUAAUGAUGAAAAUGGAUCUAAUCUCAAGGAGAUUCUCAGCUUUGUCGAGGAACAACAUGAGGAGGUUCCACAAAACUUUAAGAGACUGUUGAGUUAUAGCCUGAGAAUCCUUGUUUCUCAAGACAAACUCAAAAAGGUACGAAAUCGUUACAAAAUCUCAGUUACGAAAGAAAUGAAGCCAACACUCACCCUGUGUCCAAAAGAUUCCACGAAGCCAACAGAGCUACCAAGUACUUCUGUGAUAUUAACAACAUCAAAAGAAACACGGGAGAUAGACGCAGCAGCAAAUAGAGUAGCAGAACGAAUCAAUGAGUUGGCAAAAGAAAAUGACGACUGGUACGAGGAGCGACAAGACUUUAGGAUGUUUUUGAGUGAGUGCCUGACAAUUCUCGUUUCUCAAGGCAAACUGGAAAAGGUAUUAUUAGAUGGCUACAAGAUCUCAGAAUUAGAAAACAAAGUGAUGGAAGUAGCACCAGAAGUCGUAGCAAUGAAACUAGCAGAGUCAGAUAACAAAAGGUUGAUAGCAGCAGAGGCAGUCGAAGAAGAAGAACGAAUGCACAAGUUCUUAGAAGAAAGCCACACGAUGCUUCAGUUAUGCUUAGAAAUCCACCAACAAUGUGCUCUUGGGGAAGAGGUUUUUCUAUGGUAAAGAGCUCUACUAGUAGACACGAUCGUAUAUAUCUUCUUUGGUUCAAUUUAGAUAACUGAUUUCAUUUGACUUAUCUAACCAAAGUCAGCUCUGUUUUUGUAGUUCUUAUUUUGUGGUUGUAGUGGGGAACUAAUGUUCACCGUUUUGUUCAUAAAACAUCUGGUUAGCA